CUCGUGCUUGAGAAUUUGUUUGGAGUAAAUCCCUUUCUUGCUGAACUUGAAGAAAAUCUUGAUUCAAAGUAUCAUAAGCUUCUUGGAGAUCUUGGAACCUAUUUUCAGUUUGGGUCAAAAAGGUUGAAAGUUCCAUUA